AUGUUGCUUGAAGACAUUGACUUUAAAUCUCAACCAAAAAGCGAUGCUCAAUGUUUAAGACAAUUUUAUUAUUUAUCAGAUGCUUUUGACAAAGGAGAGUUUUGGGCGAUUGAAUGGUUUAAUUCUUGGGGUCAAGUACCAUCUGGUGUUUUUUCGGGACAUUUUGAAAGUGUCGGAAGCUUUCAACAGUGUAUUAGAAUGGAACAUUUUGCGAAUGAAAUUGUUGGAAACCUUAAAGGUCAACAUUGUAUGUUAAAUCUUCAAGCACGUUCGGAAUUAGAAAUCGAUGAUACAUUUACGACUGUUGCAAAUCAAUUUGAAUGGGGCAACAUCAAUCCUGAACAAUUUUGCUAUACUAAUGAGCCAAUGAAUCUUGAUGCUCGUGAUCUCUGUGCGAUAUUAUUUUUAUUGUUGAUUGGCUUGCUGUUGAUAGUCAGCACAAUUUAUGAUGUCACCAUUCGAAAACUACAGCUCAAACCACAUGCACUCUACACUUCAUUUUCUCUCUUAUCGAAUGGUGAGAAGCUUUUUGAAAUGAAUUCAAGCAAAUCUCCAGAGUCGAUUGAAUGCGUGAAUGGAAUCAGAGGUUUAUCAAUCCUAUGGAUUAUGUUGGGUCAUCGAUAUUUGAUUCCAAUAUUCUUCGUUCCUGUUAUCAAUAGAAAUUAUUAUAACGUCUGGCUUGAUUCCAUUUUUUCAACUUUUCCGAACACAUCACAACUUGCUGUCGACACUUUUCUUUUGAUGGGAGGUUUGCUUAUCACGCGUUCAUUCCUAACACAAAAGGAGAAGAAAGGAAAAGUCAACUUGUUAAGAUUCUAUCUCCAUCGUUAUUUGAGAAUCACUCCCGUCUUACUAGUUCUCGUCUUUAUUAUGGUCUCGUUUUUCAGACAUUUCGGCGACGGACCUUAUCACAAAAAUGCUUUGAAUUUUAAUUUAAUUCACUGUGAAAAAUAUUGGUGGGCGACUUUUCUUCACAUUCAAAAUUAUUUCAAUCCACUGGAACUUUGUCUUUCACAUUCUUGGUACUUAUCAGCUGACUUUCAGCUAUGCCUUGCCAGUCCAUUGUUUCUUAUCAUGACGGGGAAAUUUGGUCGAAGAUCUUUGAUUGCUGGUGUUGUUCUAAUCAUACUUUCAUGGGGAUGUGCAUUCUCAACAUUUUACAAGUAUGAUUUAUCACCUUUCAAUCCUGCAAAUGGCGUUAAUAGCGGGAAAUUCGUACGAACACUUUAUGCAACUCAUAUAAGAUUGGUUGGAUGGGUGACUGGAAUGAUUCUCGGUUAUUUUCUUCAUUAUAAUAAAUCUAAAACGUUUAAAGUGAAUCGCAAACUGGCUGCGUUUUUGUGGAUUGUUAGCUUUAGUUUGAUAAUUGCAGCAAUUCUUGGACAUCAUCCAUUUCAACAAUUAAAUGAAAAUGACGUCAGUCAACUUGCGAAAGGUUUUUAUAAUUCUUCAGCUAGAUUAGGAUUUGUUUUAGCAGUUUCAUGGAUUAUUUUCUCAUGCCAUCAACUGAAGUCUGGUGGGAUUGUCAACUGGUUUUUGUCACUUCCACAUUGGAAGCCAUUAGGACGAAUGGGAUUGAGUUUUUAUCUUGUUCACGUCUUCAUUCAACUGGGCUUCACGAGUUAUCAGCAAUUUCCAAUGUUUUUCAGCAACUUUCAUAUUCUUUUUGCGUUCUUCGGUGAUUUUGUUUUGACGUUUUUUGCAUCAACUCUGUUGUAUCUAUCGUUUGAAGCUCCCAUUUUAAUAAUUGAACAAUAUUUGUAUCAGCGUUUUAGUAAAUAAAAUAAAAGUCUCGCAUUCACUUAUGAAGA